AUGCGUUUCUCGACCCUACUUGCCGCAGUGUCGGUGUUGGUGCCCGUCGGCCUCGUCGCUGCCGAUGGCCAACCCAAGAAGCAUUUUCCACCGGAGCUCCAGCUCGACGAGCUCCUCGCAAAGCACAACUUGGCCCUGGUACCGAGAUCAGAGCUCACCGAGGCCCUCCUGGAACUCAACGCGCUACUGAAGAAGAGCCAGGCUCAGCACCAUGGCCUGCCCCUUUUCCCGCGGGCCAACUCUUCCGGAGCCGGCAGCAGGAGCAGCAGCGGCGGCGGCGGCGGCGAAACCCAGUCGUUGGCUCUUGACCUCAAGGGGCUCGGGCUGGGUGACCUAGGCGACGCCGUCAACGGCAUCACAGGCCUCGUUUCGCAGCUCGGCGGUGUCGGCGGCUUGCUCAAGGGGUUCACGGCACUGGUCAACGAGGAGUUCCUCCAGGCUCUGCACGAUGCCGUCAUCUACCUGGCCCAGCUGCUGAAGCCGCCCUUCCCCGCCAUGGCCAGGGACAUCGUCGCCAAGGCCCAGCCGCUCCUCGCCCUCCUCGACUCCCUUGACCUCGGGAGCCUUGUCGAGCCGCUGAAGAAAGCCGAUGCUGCUGGUCUCGUCAGCACCGUCCUGCGGCUGCUCAACGACAAGAACCUCGGCAGCAUCGAGAGCCUCCUCACCAACGGAGCCAACCUCCUGACGCAGUCUUUUGUGGACGAAACUCGGUCGCUCAUCGGCGAGGUGUCCCCACUCAUCCAGACACUAUCCAACGUUGACCUCAAGGGAGUUGUCGAUUCGCUGCAGCCGGUUCUCAGGAAAGAGUCCGUCGAAGGCAUCGUGGGCUUGAUGAAGAACGCGCAGUCGCUCCUCACCCCUUCGUUUGUCAACGGGACCCAUUCAUUGGUCGAGGAAGUCUCGCCCUUAGUGCAGUCACUUUCCCAAGUCGACCUAAAGGCCGUGGUCGACUCGCUGCAGCCCAUAUUGAAGAAGGAAGAGAUUCAACGCAUCGCGAGCUUGCUCAACAAUGCAUGUGAUCUCCUCAGCAAAGAAGCCGUAGCUUCAAUCAAGUCGGUCCUCCAAAGUGUCCAACCACUCAUCGAUGGCCUCGGUAGGAUUGAUCUGCAAAGACUGGUCGACCAGCUGGAGCCAUUCGUGAACGAGCUCGGCAAGCUCAACCUCAAGGGUCUUGUCGACGCACUCCAUCCGCUGCUUACGUCGGAUUCCAUCAUGAGCAUCGCUGGCUUACUCGACAACGCCAAAGAUCUGCUGACCAGGGAUACGGUCACAUUGCUCAAAUCAAUCCUAAAGAGCGUUCAGCCACUCAUCGAAGGCCUCGACAAGGUCGAUCCGAAAAUACUGGUCGGCCAGUUGGAACCUAUUCUGAGCGAGCUUGCCAAGGUCGACCUCGUGAGCCUGGUUGGCUCGCUAAGUCAACUUCUCACGACGAACAACAUCAAGGGCAUUUCCGGCCUUCUCGGAAAUGCGCAAAACCUCCUCACCAGCAAAUUCGUCAAUCAAACGCAAACACUGAUAGGCGAUGCCCUCCCGUUGAUCUCUGCUCUUGGAACCACGAGCCUCGGCGACUUGAUUCAACGAGUCGGACCGCUACUCGAUUCAGUCAGCAGGCUUGACUUGAGGGCCUUGCUCGAUGCCCUUGCGCCGCUCCUUACGGAAGACGGUGUCAAUGGCAUCGUCGCGCUCGUAGGAAAUGUCGGAGAGUUGCUUUCUGGCCCGUUUGUGAAGCAAACCAAGUCUCUCGUCAACGACGCCAGCCCGCUCGUGUCCGCGCUCGGCGAAAUCGACCUCCAGCCUGUUCUGAAGCAGCUUUCGCCACUCCUACACCUCGUUGGAAAUUUGGACCUCCGAGGCGUGCUGGAGGCGUUGGCACCUUUGCUCACCAAGGAAAGCAUCCGGGGGGUCGUCGGCCUGCUGGACGAUGCCGGGCCGCUCCUCCACUCUCUAUCGGAGAUCCAGUUGGCAAGCAAGCUCGGCAGCCUCGACGCCCUGCCUACCAUACGGGACAGGAUCUCCAGUCUUGACUCGACAAUCUUGUCUCUGAACGGCGACGUGGGCCCUAUUCUCCAGGCGCUGCAGCAGGUUGAUAUCCCGGUACUCCUGGAUGCCCUGAAGCCUCUUCUUGCGGGAGACAGCGUCGACGGCAUGGUACAAUUGCUGCAAAAUGCCGAGGCCCUGCUGACGGCAGAAUUUGUCCGGCAGAGCCAGUCGCUCAUCGGCGGCGCGGUGCCUUUGGUCUCCGCGCUCAAGGAUAUCGACCUCUCGAGCUUGGUUGCCCAGCUCGAGCCGCUCCUCACAAACCUCAAGAUGAUGGACCUUGCAAAGCUUCUCGACUCCCUCACCCCCUUGCUCACGCCCGACAGCAUGAAGGAUAUCGUCGGGCUGUUGGGAAACGCAGGACACCUGCUGACAGAUGAGUUUGUGAAGCAAGCACACGAAUUGAUAUCCGGUGCCCUGCCGCUGGUGACGGCGCUAGACAAGAUCGACCUGGCCGGGCUCAUGUCCGGGCUGCGGCCCCUGCUAGACGCGCUUAAGGAGGUCGACUUGGUCAAACUCGUCGGUCAAGCGGAGCCACUGCUGCACGAGCUGAGCCGGGUCAACCUCGUCGGCUUGGUGAACCAGCUCGGUCCCUUCCUGAACUCGCUCAGGGGCUUGGACCUUGCAGGCCUCUUCGACGCCCUGAAGCCGUUGCUCGCCCCGGAGAGCAUUCUGGGCGUCGUCAGCUUGCUGGGAAUGGCGGAGAAACUACUCACGAGCCGAUUCGUCAACGAAACUCAGACUCUCGUGGGCGACGCGCUGCCUCUUGUCGCGUUCCUGGGCACCAUCAACCUCGAGGGUUUGAUGAAGCUGGUCGAGCCGCUGCUCGAAGCGCUCGGUGGCAUGGACGUUCCCGCCUUUGUGGGCAUGAUCAAGUCAACGCUAGAGGCAAUGGGCAAGAUUGACAUCAAGGGCAUCGUCGAGCAAAUCGCACCGCUGGUGACGCCAGAGAGCGUCAAGGGUCUCAUGAGCUUGCUGGCGAAUGCUGAGGGUCUGUUGACGUCGGCGUUUGUGUCGCAGACGACGGAACUGAUUGGUGAUGCGACGCCGCAUGUCUUGACGAUAUCCAUGGAGUUCCGCGCCGGAAUGGCGAUGACGACGUAUGAAGGUUUCGAUGUGAAUUUGCAUGAUUUCGCCGUGGUCAUGCGGAAUGAAGUCUUGACCAAUAUUGCCAGCGAGUCGGCCUGGAAUAUAUCUGUCAAGGGAUACAUCGAGAGUGUCCGCCAAAGUCGUCCGCCGAAGAUGACGACCGCUAGGUUCCGAUUUUCUGCGCUCCUACGGGUCGUGACGUCUCUUCUGGCAUGGCCAGCCCUCUGCACCGGCUUCUUCGAAAGAGGCAGUCUUCCAGGCCUCAACGGGAGGCAAAGUGAGCACGCCCGCACGAUCGUCUACGAGAAUAACAAACGGCAGCUCGGAAGGCAAGGUUGCGUUGCGGCCAUGACGGCGGGCCUCACCGAGUCGGGGCUGCGCAACCUCGCCAACCGGGCGGUGCCUCCGUCGACACACUACCCCAGCGACGGCCUCGGCUCAAACAAGGACAGCAUCGGCAUCUUCCAGCAGCGGGCGAGCAUCUACGUCGACAUUGGCUGCGACAUGGACCCCGCCUGCGCGGCGAGCCAGUUCCUCAGAGACAUGCAGGCGGUCGACGGUUGGCAGACGAUGGACGCGGCGAGACUGUGCCAAACGGUGCAAGCGUCGCGGGGACUGGAGGCGUUUGGGGAGAAUGUCAGGGCGGCGACGGCGCUGUGCGAAGCGGCCACGCAGCCGGACGUCGCUGGGCAGCAUGCCUAG